CUUACUUAAAUAUUUAUGUGAAACCGCGAAACAUCCUGAAUGAAGUUAUAGGUGAUGUGAAGUAACACAAAAUGAAUCCAUUGAAUUGUGUAAUUGUGACCAUUCUGUAUUGUUUCGGAGUAAUUUGCAAAGGUCAGGGAGUUUUUAUUUCACAAGAUGAAACGAACUGGGACGAGUCGAGAUGCACCUUGGCAGAACCAACUAUAAUAUGCAUGGAUGAUGGCUCAUGCAUUGUUGAAAAUGGUUUGGAAUUUCUUACAAAUGUAGAAGUUCAAGAAAAUGGAUUUUGGAUUGAAUAUGCCAAAACAUGGAUUAGUUAUGCUUAUGUUGGAUGUGGCCAAUUGAAUGUUGGAUUCAGUUAUUCUGUUUCAACUCUGGGCGAAUGUAGACGUAAAACAGGAUGUCAAACGUUCGGUAUACAAAAGUCAACAGCGGGUUUGCGAUGUAAGUGUGCAAGUAAAUUCGCAUCGCGGAUUCAAACAUGCGGCGAAAAAUGUAAAGAAGCUGAUCAAUAUCCAUGUGGUGCCACAGCCGACACCAAUAUAUUCUCAUUUUACACUGUUGAAAUAGUUCCUCCUAGCGAAAAUUCACAAGACAUUCACAGAAACUGCCUACUGUUCUACUAUAAUUACAGACCUGGAAAUGAUUAUUAUUGGCAGUCAUGCAAUUUAAAAGCUACACCACAGCUAUUAUGCAGCAACACCUAUUUUUCAGAUUUUAACCCGAUGGCGGAAAGAUACAAUCAAAGUAAUGAACGUUGGGCUCAGGCUGUUGAAAUUUGCAUCAAUGAAGGAAAAUUCCCUGCUUCGAUACAAAGUAUCAAAAGUGUGAAUUUAACAAACCAGGACGCACAAAACCACUGGACAGGAAUAAUUAAAACAGAAUCUAUUAUAUCUUUGAACGAUAUGCUUGAUGAUAGCAUGUAUCCACCUUUGACGUAUGCAUAUAUGGAGCAGAUCAACCAGACGCUUAACGUUAGAUUUGCCAAAGAAGGUGACUUGAGAAAAAGCCUAUGCGCAGGAGGUCCUCCAUCAGGCGUGACGUCAACCAAUGCUGUCAUAACAACAGAUACACAUCCGACGCAAGCACCAGCAUUGAAUACAUCUACAAUGCUAAUAUCGCAUACAGUACCUGAAGCAACAGCGGCAUCCUUAGACAAAGACAAAGGGGGGUCAUUCAUUGGAAUAGUGGUCGGUGUGGUUAUUGCUGUGACAAUACUUAUUGCUGCAGUUCUUGCGGUUAUUGUCAAGAGAAGGUACAUGGCGAGGGCUUGCUUUAAAAACGCCGCAACAGCAACACCUUCAGGACAGCCAUCCACAGGAGUAUCUACUGAUGUGGACAAUCAACAACAAGUUGAAUAUGUUAACACAGCAAAUAAUGAAAUGCAUAUUAAUACUGGAAACAAUAUGGAGUCUAAUACUUACGAAAAACUUAACACGACUAAGGGUGUUGACAAGUAUCUCUCACUCCAAGAAAUAAAUGCAGUCGAGCACGACUAUCAAAACACAUGAAGACAAAGAGAAACAUAAUAAUGAAAAGAGAAUAUUUGCUUUUAUUGAGUUGUUGUUGUUUAAACUGCAUGGAUAUAUUAAUAACAAAUAUAGUACAACAGUUUAUAUAAUA